CCCCAUGAACAUACACAGGUCCACCCCCAUCACCAUCGCACGCUAUGGCCGGCCGCGGAACAAAACCCAGGACUUCGAAGACCUCUCGUCGGUGAGGCCCGCCGAGCCCAGCCAGAGCUUCAGCCCCAACCUCGGCUCGCCCAGCCCGCCGGAGACCCCCAGCUUGUCGCAUUGCGUGUCGUGCAUCGGGAAGCACUUGCUGUUGGAGCCUUUGGAAGGGGACCGCAGCUUCCGAGCCCUGCAUCUGCACAGCGAGGAAGAACUGGUUUGCAAGGUGUUUGACGUUGGCUGCUACCAAGAGUUGCUUGCGCCAUGUUUUUGCCUGCCUCCCCACGAUAGCAUCAACCAAAUCACCGAAAUCAUUCUCGGGGAGACGAAAGCCUAUGUGUUCUUUGAAAGGAGCUAUGGGGACAUGCAUUCCUUCGUCCGCACCUGCAAGAAGCUGAAGGAGGAGGAGGCGGCCAAGCUCUUCUAUCAGAUUGCGUCUGCCGUGGCACACUGUCAUGACGGUGGGCUGGUACUGCGGGAUCUGAAGCUGCGGAAAUUCAUCUUCAAGGAUGAAGAGAGGACUAGAGUAAAACUGGAGAGCCUUGAAGACGCUUACAUUUUGCAAGGAAAUGACGAUUCUCUUUCUGAUAAGCAUGGAUGCCCAGCCUACGUGAGCCCAGAGAUCUUGAACACAAAUGGCAGCUACUCUGGCAAGGCAGCAGACGUGUGGAGUCUAGGAGUCAUGCUUUACACAAUGCUAGUUGGACGGUAUCCUUUCCAUGACAUUGAGCCUAGUUCUCUCUUCAGCAAGAUCCGCCGCGGGCAGUUCAGCAUUCCAGAGACUCUAUCUCCCAAGGCAAAAUGCCUUAUACGUAGCAUCCUGCGCCGGGAGCCCUCAGAAAGGCUGACGUCGCAGGAAAUUCUGGACCACCCUUGGUUUUCUACAGAUUUUAACGUGUCUAAUUCAGGAUAUGGUGCUAAGGAAGUAACAGAUCAGCUGGUGCCUGAUGUCAAUAUGGAGGAGGACUCGGACCCAUUCUUUAACUGAGCAUUAGGACCAGUGUUCGGAGGGUGUGUGGUCUGGGAAAGGACCAAUAUGAAGGGAGUCCUUUCUGACCAUGCAGAAUUAUAUCUGUGGCUCAGCCUGUCUUGAUAGCAAGGGAAA